CUACAAACCCCAACUACAGUUGUGUAAUACAACUCUUCUAUACUGGUCUACAACUCUUAUCUCAAUCCCAAACAUCAACAGCUGGGACACACUGAGCCAUGUAUUCUCAAUGAAAACUGGGCAGGGGGUAGUAAUGAACAAGCAAUCAAGACAGAACGGACUACAAGAUCCACCAGCUCUCAAUCCAGUUGGUCGUCCACAUACUCAGCGGCUCACAGGUGCUCUGGAAGGUCAUCCUCGUGGAGGUGGAGGUGCCCCACGCCGAGAUCCAUAUGCAGCGGUUUCUGAGAAUGCAGUGGUAUCUGGACGCCGGUGUGGCUAUUGCCAGAUUCAAGGCCAUACUCGUCCUAAUUGCCCUAGUUUGCAAAACUUGAAUUCUCGGUAGAUAAUGUAUCAGUAUGGUAAUCCUGUCGGACAAAUUCCAUGAUCCCAU